AGUCAAUCGGUGCGCUACAGUCACAGGUGUCAAGAUGAAUGUCUCCGCCAGCUUUGUACUGUUGCUUUUGGGUGUUUGCAUCGCUCACGGUUAUGUGGUGAGCCGUGUUGCUGAUGGAGCUGACGCCAGCCGGGGCCAGUUCCCGUACCAGGUGGCGUUGACAAUGAAGCGCCAAACAGUGUGCGGUGGUGUUAUGGUACACGAACGAUUCUUCCUUACCGCUGCCCAUUGCUUCUUCAAUGGAGAUACUCCAUUACCUGUGGAGCAGCUGAACGUGUUCUAUGGAUCGGAAAAACUGUUCUCGAACGGCAGAUACAAUCGCGUCAAGACGGUUCACCUGCACGAUCAGUACGAUCUGGCCGUCGUUGAGGUGAGACGCAAGUUUGAUCUUUCGCACACCUCCCGACCGGUUGCAUUUGGGCAGGAAACGUUCGGUGAGAACCUGGUGGCCACCGUAACUGGAUACGGACGCAGCACAGUGGAAGGUAAUAUGGCGUUCCAGUUGAAAUACGCUCAGCUUACCUCGUUGCCGGCUGAUCAGUGCCGAGAGACGUUGGGAGAUGACUACCAUGAAGGUGUCUUCUGUCUGGAUACGAGUGCCGGAGCUGGAUUCUGUAUGGGUGAUUACGGUGGUCCGGCCGUGAUUGAGGAUCAACUGGUCGGCGUCGGAAGCUACACCGUUGGGGGCAAGUGCGAAACGGGCCAGCCGGACGUUUUCGUCGACGUCGGCUACUUCAGCGAGUGGGUUCGGUCGGUACUCGAGGCAGAGCCAGCGGAACAGUGACUGACUGUUGUUGAUGUUGAUAACCGUUUAUUUAUGUGUUUGCUCUUAUCAUGGACGCAACCUAACAGUAUCUUCUUGCGUUUCUGUGCGUUUAAAUAAUAUAUGUACACAUCUGGUUAGCCGGAAUACAGUCACGAUCGCCGAUUAGCCCUAAUACUGUAUACUACGAUCGUGCUCUUCGAUCUUGGGUCCUGCUCGAGCGAAUAUGCUAUCAAACGAAACGAAUACGAUAAAACAAACAAAACUUGCUAACUUAAAUCACGUA